UUGAAAGUACACGUAUCAUUGGUGAUAGACAAUUCAAAAAAGCAGUGGAACUUUUCAACAAAGCAUCAGAGCAAUUAAAGGGAAAGGUCGAUUAUCGCCAUACGUACCUGAACUUCUCCAACCUUAAGGUGACAAUUUCUAAACAGGGUGGAGGUACUGAGGUUGUGAAAACUUGUCCAGCUGCAAUGGGGUUUGCAUUUGCUGCUGGUACAACUGAUGGACCUGGUGCUUUUGAUUUUAAGCAAGGAGAUGUCAAGGGGAAUGCAUUUUGGAGGCUGGUAAGGAACUUACUAAAAACACCAAACCAAGAACAAGUUGAUUGUCAACGUCCAAAGCCCAUUCUGCUUGAUACUGGUGAAAUGAAAUUGCCUUAUGAUUGGGCGGUAAGUUACCAUAUUGGUAUUUGUUAUUUUCUGUUAAGGUUUGAUUUUUUUGCAAAUCUUUUAGACAUUUUGCAAAGAAAGCAAAUUGAUAUCCAAAAAGAUCGAUCUCUUCAAUUUUUGUCUCCAUGAGUAAAUACUAAUUAGUAAACUUCUUUUACAUGAUGUAUAAACAGCAUGAGCCUGAAAUGUUAAUAGUUAUGGUUUCGUUGUCUAGAAUUUCUUAAUAGAUAUCACAUAAUUAAGGCUGAUGUUUCAAUAAAUUUUUUUGUCUUAUUGAUAAUUCAAUGAUUGCACCACUCUGAGAUUAUGCUCCUAUUAGGUACAAAUUAAAAUCCAGAUUUUAAUUUAAGUCAAAGUUAAUAACUAAUUUAAUCACACAUUUUACGAGACUCACUACUUUUCAACCAUGCAUUUCAACAACUUUUAUCAAAAUCUACUAAAAAAUUGAUUUUAAUCCCCACCAAUCAAGGUCUAGAUCAUUAGAGUGCAUGAGAACACUAAUUUGAAUAUACAGUCGAAAUAAAACCUUUCAUUUUACUCUCAAAUCAUACAAUUGUAUAUUUCCUUUUUAGUUUCCUAAAAGCAAAAACACUAAUUAUUUAUGAUCAAGGCUGACAAAAUUUAGCAGCUAUUACAUAAUGGGAAAAAAUAGAGUAAGUGGGGAAUGAUUAGAAACAGAAUAGGAGAUAUUGUCAGAUUACUUUAUUCCACAUUAUCUAUAAUUUUAGUGUAGCUGAACUGUUAUUUCAUACUCAGGUGGAACCUAAUAUCAUUUAGAUUAAUUGAGCGUGUUUGGCUAAGUUAAGAAAAUAAAAAUGGAAGUACUCUUUUGGAAAUAAGUUUUUGAAGUAACUCAAAAAACUGACUUCUGAAAUAGCUGCAUAUCUGUCAAAA